AUUGAAAUACCCAAAUUUACAAAGUUGGACCAAGUUAAAUUGUUUACCUAAGUAACUAACGUUAUGUUUAGUUAAAAUACUCUGUAUUGAUCUACUAUUUAAAAAAAAAAUGCGUCUCAAGACAUCACUACAGAAAGAACCAAAACAUUCGGAGCUUGUGAGCUGCGUUGGGUGGACGACUCCCGAUGAAGUGUACUCUUGUGCUGAUGACCAUCUAAUUUUAAAAUGGAACCUAACAAACAACGAAACAUCUACACUCUUAGAGUUGCCAAAAGAGUGCUAUCCAACUAGCAUGCACUGGUUUCCCAAGUCUGCUCAAGCAGCUGGAGCCAAAAAGACAGGAUCUGAUGUGUUUGCUUUGACUUCAACAGAUGGUAAAUUUAUUUUAAUAAGCCGCACAGGUCGAGUGGAGAAGAGUGUUGAGGCCCACAAGGGAGCUGUUUUGUGUGGUCGGUGGAGCUAUGAUGGAACGGCGCUGGUUACUGGUGGUGAAGAUGGGCAGAUUAAAAUCUGGUCCCGCAGUGGCAUGCUUCGAUCCACCCUCACACAGAACAGUAUCCCGGUGUACAGCGUUGCUUGGGGCCCUGACUCUGAUCAAAUUCUUUUCACCAAUGGGAGACAACUUGUGAUCAAACCACUUCAGGCAAAUGCAAAACCACAAUUGUGGAAAGCUCAUGAAGGAAUUAUUUUAUGUGUUGAUUGGAAUGCUGUGAACAAUUUGAUUCUAUCUGGAGCAGAAGACAAACGUUAUAAGGUUUGGGACACUUAUGGCAGACAGUUGUAUUGUAGCAGCAGUCAUGAGUAUCCAAUCACUUCAGUUUCAUGGACGCCAGAUGGAGAAAUGUUUGCUAUUGGCUCUUUUAACACUUUAAGAUUGUGUGAUAGAAGUGGGUGGUCCUAUGCUUUGGAGAAACCAAAUACAGGCAGUAUAUUUAAUAUAGCUUGGUCAAGUGAUGGAACACAGAUUGCUGGAGCUUGUGGAAAUGGUCAAGUCAUCUUUGCCAAUGUUAUUGAAAUCCGACUUGAGUGGAAAAACUUUGAAGCUACUCUGACUGCUAGCAAACAGAUCAAUGUUCGUAAUGUUAUGAACGAUGCUACAGAGAAACUGGACUUUAGGGACCGAGUGAUUAAGUUAUCCUUAGGUCAUGGUCAUCUAGUGGUGGCCACAUCAUCACAGUGUUAUAUAUACAACACCAAGAACUGGAACACACCAAUGAUCUUUGAUUUGAAGGAAGGAAGUGUAACUCUCAUCAAGCAAGCUGAAAAACAUUUUCUUCUUGUCGAUGGAAGUGGAGUUUAUGUGUACUCGUAUGAUGGUCGGUUGGUUUGUUCACCACGGUUUCAGGGGAUGAAAGCUGAAAUCUUUAAUCAUCAGACAAUUGCUUUGUGCAAUGAUACUGUAGCCAUUAGAGACAAGACAGAUGAAAAAGUGAUCUACGUAUUUGAUGCACAGACUGGUAAAGCAAUGGCAGAUGGGAAACCAAUUUCACAUAAGGUUGAAGUGAUGGAUAUUGGUUUAGAUCAGUGUGGAGUGACUUCAGAGAGGAGAAUUUCAUUGGUUGAUAAAAAUAGAGAUCUAUUUAUAACUUCAGUCAGAGUCUUUGGAGCAGAAAGAAAAAUCAUAAAACUUGCUACCAUGAUCCAGGCUCACGUCUGGAAUGAUGAGAGUAACAUGUUGGCAGCGAUGACUGAUGGGAAAAUCUUAGUUUGGUACUAUCCAAAUGCUAUCUAUGUUGAUAAAGAUUUGUUGCCAAAAACAUUAUAUGAAAAAGACUCUAGUCCCUUUGGCAAAGCUCCUCAGCUGGUUGGAUUUUUGGGCAGCCAUCUUAUAUUGAGGCGAUCUGAAGGUUCUCUUAUCUCCACCUCUAUCACUCCCUACCCCUCUGUACUACAUAGUUAUGUCAUGAACAACAAAUGGGACGAUGCAGUCAGACUGUGUAGGUUCGUCAAGGAAGAUAACUUAUGGGCUUGCCUUGCUGCCAUGGCAACUUAUGCCAAAGAUUUGAACACAGCAGAAAUAGCCUAUGCUUCUAUUCAUGAGGCAGAUAAAGUUCAGUUUAUCAUCAACAUAAAAGACAUUCCUGUGAAAGAAGCCAGAAAUGCUGAAAUGGCUUUACUCUGUGGCAAUCACCAAGAUGCUGAAGCCAUAUUGCUGCAGGCAGGCCUAAUUUUCAGAGCCAUCAUGUUAAAUGUACAGUUGUACAAUUGGGAUAGAGCUCUUGAGCUGGCAGUGAAGAAUAAGACUCACGUGGACACAGUGCUAGGCUACAGACAGAAGUUUCUAGCUAGAUUUGAUAAGUCAGAAACCAACAAGAGAUUUCUUCAGUAUAAAGAAGGGAUUGAAAUAGACUGGGAUAAAAUUAACACGAAAAUAGAAAUAGAGUAUCAGAAAGAGAGAGAGAAACCCACAACAGGGACAGCCGUCGCACGCAGUGCCACCACAAGAUCUUAAUGACUUAUGUCCUGCUGUUGGAAAUAAUUCUGAAUGAACUAAUCUAGUAGUCUAGAUAUUUAACUUUGAUUUGCAUGACACAAGUGUGUUGUUUCAAUCUUUAUGGCUGCGUCCAUAGAUCAUCUGUGAUAAGUUUAAAACAAACUGGUACCAUGUCAAUUAAAAUUCUCAAUAUACAUUUUUAUUUAAAUUACAAACAUAACACAUUUCAUUACUAUCCAUUCUUGUUGGAUCUCAGAUCAUUAUCUAAAACAAUUGUUGUAUGUUUACAGUGCUUUUAUUAUUUCAGUUAUUAUUGUGCUUUUUGUGUUGUAAUGUCUUAAAUUUUUAUCCUAAAACAAACUUAAGACCCUAAAUGCCCAACUGUAUAUUUUUUUCAUAUAUGUAUAUAAAUAUGAACUUUGCAUUUGUAUCUCAUUUUCUUCUACCAGCCAGGAGCUGUAGGCUCCUGUCCCAACUGGUCUAUGUAACUGCUCUCUUCUUUCAUCUUGAGAAUUAACAAGAAUGCCUUCUAUUGUUAUACAACUGUGCAUGCUGUAAGGCUCUUGUGCCAACAUUUUUUAUUUUCAGGACAUGUUCAAAUAAAUUUAUGACUUAAUAUAA